GAAGGGUUCAAGAAGAAACAAGUCGGAGUAUCUGACAUGACAUUACUGACCACCAUCAGUAACGAAGGCGUUAACGAGAACCUGCAAAAGCGGUGGACAAACGGAGAAAUAUACACAUAUAUUGGAGCUGUUUUGAUAUCUGUGAACCCCUUUAGAGGUAGGAGUGUAGAAACACUUCAACGAUAUCGAGGAAAGAAUAGGCUGGAAGUUCCUCCUCAUGUCUUCGGCAUCGCAGAAAGCGCGUACUAUAACAUGAAUGCAUACCACGAGAAUCAAUGUGUUAUCAUUUCCGGAGAGUCAGGCGCUGGGAAGACGGAGGCUGCGAAACGGAUUAUGCAAUACAUCGCUGUUGUGUCCGGGGGACAGGAUAGUAGCAUUCAGGAAAUCAAGGAUAUGGUGUUGGCCACGAAUCCUUUGCUUGAAAGCUUCGGCUGUGCGAAAACUCUUCGAAAUAACAACUCUAGUCGCCACGGGAAAUACUUGGAAAUCAUGUUCAACGGGGUGGGCGAGCCUGUUGGCGCUCAGAUAACAAAUUAUCUUCUGGAGAAAGGUCGGGUCGUUGGUCAGAUCGAGAACGAACGCAACUUCCACAUAUUUUACCAAUUUACCAAAGGGGCUUCAGAUGAGCAGCGUGAACUGUUUGGUCUUCAAGGUCCAGAGGCUUAUGCGUAUACUAGCUUAAGCAACUGUCUUGAAGUCAGCGACAUCGAUGACGUCAAAGAUUAUCAUGAUACGAUUACUGCUAUGGGGGUAAUUGGUCUGACCCCCGAUGAGCAGAAUGAGAUUUUCAAGAUGCUUGCCAUUGUUCUCUGGUUAGGCAAUGUUCAAUUCGAAGAGAUGGACGAUGGGAAUUCCAGCAUCACCGACACAGGAGUAACCGACUUUGUAGGCUAUCUCAUGGAAGCCGAUUCCGCUUUAGUCCAGAAAGUGCUUACCUCUAGAGUCAUUGAAACAUCAAAAGGAGGUCGAAGGGGCUCCGUUUAUGAUGUUCCCCUAAAUCCAGCACAAGCGACAUCCGGAAGAGAUGCGCUUGCGAAGGCCAUAUACAACAAUCUUUUUGAAUGGAUUGUCUCUCGCAUUAAUGUAUCCAUGAAGACUCGUUCGGCUCACGCUCAAAUCAUUGGCAUCCUGGACAUUUUCGGCUUCGAAAUCUUUGAAGAUAACUCAUUUGAGCAACUUUGCAUCAAUUAUGUCAACGAGAAGCUGCAGCAAAUCUUCAUUGAACUCACGUUAAAAACGGAACAGGAAGAAUACGUCCGCGAGCAAAUCAAAUGGACUCCGAUAAAAUACUUCAACAACAAAAUUGUCUGCGAUCUCAUAGAAGAACGCCGGCCGCCCGGCAUCUUUGCAGCUUUGAAUGACGCUUGUGCCACAGCUCAUGCCGACCCAGCUGCGGCGGACAACAGUUUCGUGCAAAGAACCGCAAUGCUCUCCUCGAAUGCACACUUCGAAGCACGUGGUUCCCAGUUCCUAGUUCGGCAUUAUGCAGGGGAUGUUAUGUACAAUGUUGCUGGUAUGACUGAUAAGAACAAGGACUCUCUCAUCAAAGAUCUGUUGGAUCUCGUUGGCUCCAGUGGAAAUACAUUUUUGCAGACUCUUUUCCCUGACCGCCCAGACCCCAACAGCAAGAAGCGUCCUCCGACCGCUGGAGACAGGAUCAAGGCAAGGGCUUUGGUGGACAACCUAAUGAAGGCGCAGCCGUCAUAUAUCCGAACAAUUAAACCAAAUCAGAACCGGAGCUCCAGUGAAUACGAUGUAAAGGCCAUUCUGCAUCAAAUAAAGUACCUUGGCUUGAACGAAAAUAUUCGUGUUCGCCGAGCAGGCUUUGCCUAUCGCAAUACUUUCGAAAAAAUGGUCGAACGCUUUUAUCUCCUUUCUUCGCAUACAUCCUACGCUGGCGAGUAUACCUGGACAGGUGAUUCAAAAUCCGGGUGUGAACAGAUCCUCAAGGAUACUGGUAUAGCAAAGGACGAAUGGCAAAUGGGCGUCACCAAAGCAUUCAUAAAGAACCCCGAGACUCUUUUCGCCCUUGAAACCAUGCGUGACAAGUACUGGCACAACAUGGCUGCACGCAUCCAGCGUGCUUUCAGGAACUACAUGCGGUACAAACAUGAGUGUGCUCGUCGAAUUCAACGAUUCUGGAAAAACAAUAAAGAGGGUAUUGCUUAUGCGCAAACUCGCGACUAUGGGCAUCAAAUUCUUGCGGGGCGCAAAGAACGCCGACGGUUCAGUCUGCUCAGCUAUCGAAGAUUUAUGGGGGAUUACCUUGACCUCAAUGGCAAAAGCUCUCUCGGGGAAGAAUUAGCGGGCGCAUGCAAUAUUGGAGGGGAGUCCGUCACCUUCAGUUCUAGGAUUCACCUUUUGGUUUCGAAAUUGGGUCGCUCCAGCAAGCCCAGUCCUAGAUUUAUUGUAGUGACAGAGAAAGCCGUCCACAUCCUAAUCCUUUCCGUGAGAGAUGGCCAGACGCAAUAUAACCUUGAAAGGAGGAUACCUUUGUCUACGAUCAAAAGUAUUGGAAUGUCCAACCUGAGAGAUGAUUGGCUGGCAAAAGAAGGUGACCCACUCAUUAGCUGCUACUUCAAGACGGAACUCGUCAGCAAUCUCGUGAAGUUGACACGAUCCACCGUCAAUGUGGUUAUUGGUCCCACUAUCGAGUAUUCCAAGAAAAAAGAUAAAAUGGCUCAAAUCAAAUUUAUUAAAGAUGAAACCGUUGCGAAAGAUGACUUGUACAAGAGUCAUACCGUUCAUGUGGCUUCUGGGGAACCCCCGAACAGCGUAUCGCGUCCUCCAGCAAAGAGGAAACCUGGGGUUGUUCGUCCCAUCACACAGGGAAAGCUGUUGAAGGCAGGCGGUCCAUCUGACAAACCGAAACCGAGAUCCGUCCCUAAGCCCAAACCUGUAGCUCAGCCACUGCCAGGAAGGGAUUCCACUACGGUUGCCCCAAAACCGGCCAUUAAGCCCUCCGUUACUCCCUCUUCCACGGUAGGCCAGCGUCCCCCACCAGCACCGCCACGUAAUAUCGCUCCCCCUCCCCCUCCCGCCAAGCCAGAGACGCCAAUGUAUCGGGCGAAAUUCGCGUUCGAAGGACAGGAAGGAGAGAUGUCCCUGAAGAAAGAUGAUGUAGUGGAACUUGUGGAGAAAGAUGAUAACGGUUGGUGGCUCGUCAAAAUGGAUGGGGUCGAAGGCUGGGCUCCCAAUAACUACCUGGAGCUGGUCCCCCCCAAGGCUGUCUCUGCACCCCCUCCCCCUCCUAGGUCUCGGCCUGCACCCACAACCACGCCGAAAAUAUCUCUCACAUCUGUGGUUGCUGAUGCAUCGUCCAAACCUGUAUCUGUAUUCCCAGGUAUGCAACCUUCCAAUGGAUCGGCCACUCCAUGGAAGAAGCCUUUGACUGCGGAUACUACUCCGGCCAGCUCCCGUCCGAGCUCCGCUAUAGGAUCCAAGCCCCCUCCACCUGUAGCAGCUAAACCGAAGCCGCCCGUAAUUCCAGUAAAGCCUAGCGUUUCGGCAAAGGGACCAGCAAAACCGCCUAUUCCGACUGCUCCCCGUCCGCCUGCUGCUUCCACUUCGCGCUCUAGUAAACCGGCAACGGCGGUUGGGCAAGUAGAUCUUGCGGCUGCAGUAAGUUUGUUUGUCACGCAUUCGAGAGAGCUGUUACUGAUGAUGUGA